AUGACGGCAGACGUGAACGCCGCCGCGGCCGCGUGUCCACACCCGCACAAGGCGCCGGCCAAGGGAUGUCCCGCGCAGAGCAGCAAGAGCAAGAGAAGCAGUGACGGUUCAGGGUCCUCCGACAGCGCAGACGCGGGUCUGAACGCCGAGAUGAUGCGUCUCGCCAGCCACGCCUCGGGCUUUACAGUGCACGGGUCAAGUACGAACGUGCCCGUGCGACUGUCACAAGCACGAGCCGUGUCGUCCAUUCCUAAAGGAGAGAACGUGACGUCGGAGCACCAAUCCGAUACGAACGAGGACAAGUGGGAGUACCCGAGUGAGGCCAUGUACUUCAAAGCCAUGGAGCGGAAGGGCUGGGCGCCCGAUGCCCAGCAGAUGAAGACGAUUGUCGCGAUUCACAAUACUGUGAACGAACAGAGCUGGCGGGAAGUGCUGAAAUGGGAGAGUUUUCACCCCUCAAAAGAGAGUGUCAAGCUGAAGAAGUUCAUGGGCAAGCCGACCGAGCAUAGUCCCAAGGCCAGGAUGAUGAAUGCCUUGGGGUGGUCCGUGCUGCCGUUCGAUCGACACGAUUGGAUCGUCGAUCGAGACGGCAAAGAAGUGCGCUAUGUGAUUGAUUUCUACUCGGGGAAACCUGAGCCGGGCCGCCCGUUGAGUGUCUAUCUUGAUGUGAGGCCGGCACUUGACUCGGUAGAGGGACUUGUGGACCGCGUGCGGUGGCAGUUCCGCGAGAAGAUCCUGCCGCUGCUGCCGUUUCGUGGGGCCGCAUUUGGUGGUGAGGCGGCUGUGAAGAAACCGGAAGGCACGACGGACGAGCAGAGUGGGCGCUCGAAAGUCACGCCCAAGACGGACUAG